GAGGAGCGAGCCAGCAGCCAGGCACGGAGCGAGCGAGCGAGCGAGCGCCGCCGCGCCAGCCGCUCCAAGUCCUUCCUCGCCGGGGCCUGAACUUUGCGCGCCGCCGCGAUGCGCUAAGGCAUUUUUGCGCACGGCGGGCGCCCCCUUGGCAGCCUCCCCGGCCACAGAUCGGCGCCCCCCGGCUCUUCGCAGGAGACCAGCCCCCCACCUGGAGCCCCCGAGAAGCCCCCGCACCGCUUCGCGACGCGCCCGCCCGCCAUGGCCGCCGGGGAGCCCCGGAGCGCCCCCAACCCUCUCCGGAGCGCGCCAGGCAGGGCCCCCCAACCCUCUCCGCACGGGCGACCCUCCUGAAAUCCCGCCCCGGAAAAAACUUGCCUGGCUUUUUUCUUUCCCCCCCUUUUCCUCUUUCCUCCCCUCCCCUGUUCUGGGGGAGUUUCUUUCCAGGACCCCCUUUUUAACAAAACCUUUCCAAAACUUGGAUACCCCCAACCCCUCUCCAACACUUUGCCACCUCGAUCUGCAAAACAACUUUGGGAAGGGUGUCUUUUUUCAGGGUCCCAGUUCUCCCUCUCCUAAGACUCUCCCCAAACGCCACCCCCUUCUUGUCCCCCCCUUUUAAGGAAUAUUUUUUAACCAGCCCGAAGUGACCUGGAUUUAACUUUUUAAUCUUUUUCUUUUUUUACGCUUUCCACCUUGAGCCCCCUAACCUGGGCGCCAGGCUGGUGACCGCUGGCUCCCUCCUCCCACGAAAUUCCCCCCCUGAAAUUCCGCUUUGGGGGGAAGCCAAGGCUUAAUAACAACAAUAAUCAUAAUACUGUUGGUGAUCUAUUAAGGAGACAUUUUUGUGCCUGACUUCGCCGCCGCCGCUGCCGUCUGGAAGGAGAGAGCGCCCCCAACCCGCGGCUGGCGGCCGGAGCCGUGCUUGGCCCCCCACCCCACCCCCUCCGGCCCCCCACCACGGACACCCCCACCGCACCCCUCUCCCCCCCUCCGGGGCGCUAUGGCCAUGGUGACCGGGGAAUGGGGCGACCCUAACGGAGGCGAGGCCAACGGUUUGGAGAAGGGCUACCCCCGGCACUCGGAGGACGACUCGGCCUCCCCCCAGGGGGGCACCAGCGACCAGGAGCCCCUCGACGACGACAAGCCGGGCAUCCAGGUGGACUGCGUGGUGUGCGGGGACAAAUCCAGCGGGAAGCACUACGGGGUCUUCACCUGCGAGGGCUGCAAGAGUUUCUUCAAGCGGAGCAUCCGCAGGAACCUCAGCUACACUUGCAGGUGGGCCUGGAAUUUUAAUUUAAAAUAAAAUAAAAUUUGGGGGUGGGGUGGCUGGGGUGGGAGAAAGGGGGCGCACCUGGGCAUCACCUCCAUCCAUCCCUUUAUUUAACAUCACGUUUCUCUCUGAAUCCCCCCUAAACCCCCCUUUCUGUCCGGCCUGGCCUUUCUGGAGAAGUCAAGAAGUAGGGGUGCUUUUCCAUGCGUGAGACUGGGAGAAGGGGUCUGAGGCUCCCAUGGGUGAGAGAGGGUGGUCUGCCUGUUCGUGAGAUGGGGGUGCUGUGUCCGUUAGAGGGGGUGCUGUGCCCAUGGGUGAGAAGAGGUGCCCUUUCUGUUGGUGAGAAGGGGGUGCUCUCUCCUUGGGUGAAGAGGGGUGCUGUGCCUUCCCGUUUGUGAGAAGGGCAUCCUCUGUCCAUUUGCGGGGAGAGGGUGCUGUGUCUGUGAGAAGGGGCGCUGGCUGACCCCCUAUUCCGCCUCUGGGGAGUCUGGGCCUUCUCUGCUCUCUGGCCUUCCAGCCUUGGAGUCGCCUCAAAAUCCAAGCCGCCUUUGGGGUCUGUUCAUCUGCCUGCUCCUCCUCGGAUUGGGGCUUCUUGCUUUGAGACGGAGUCAGGGACAUCUUUUGAUUCCCAUUGUUGGCGUCCCUCGAGGUGGGUGCCAGGAAACGUGCGCCCCAUCUCCUGUGCACUCCCUCACUGCCGACACCCCCCCAAAUGAUUUCGUAUUUCCUUUCCCAAAUCCGCCUCUGUAUCCUAUUUCAUUUCCUUCGCUUGUAUCCACUCCCUUCCUUCAAGGAGCUUGAGGCGGUGGGCACGAUUCUCUCCCUCCCUAUGCAGUCCUCACCAACAACCCUACAAGGUUGGAAGAUGGGCGUGUGGUAGAAUUUGAACCUUGGUCUCCAAGGCCCUCGCCUAGUCCGACACUCAAGGCUCUGGUGAACCUGUGUAGUCAGUCUGGUGAAAAUCGGCCUUCCGCUUUGAGAACGCAGCUUGGCUUGCUGACUCGAGAUGUCUGGAGUUGUGAGUGUGACUUGCCGUCUGGUUUUGCGGUGCCCUGAGAUGUUUUGCUGUUGCAGGCGAGCUGGCCAGGGGGUGCCCCGCUCAAGUGCCACCCCUGCCUCCUUGCCACCCCUAAAUGCUUCAUUGCUUCUGGCGGCUAUGGCCUUCGCUGGAGCAUAUAAACGCUUAAGCAGGUGUGUGGUUCGGAGCUGAGGCUCUGUCAUACUUUGGGUGUCCCCUUUUGAGAGGAGAGGUGGCGAAAAGAACAUUUUAACAAUGCACGGCACUUGUGUGUAUGCAGGAGACCAAAUACAGUUCCUUCUGAUGUUGUGUGGCAAUCAUAUCAUAGAAUCGUACAGUUGGGACCCCGGGGUCAUCUAGUCCAACCCGCUGCGGUCAUUCCUGUGCUUGAUGUUUCUGCAGGCGGAUUGGGUUUUAUGCAGCAGUCUUGCAUUUUAAGGGUCAUAGAAUCGCAGAAUUUUAGAGUUGGAAGAGACCCUGAGGUUUAUAUAGUAUUGCGUCCUGUUUAUUCUUAUUUUUAAAAAUUGAUUUUCCAUGUGCUCUCAUCCAGUGUUCGAAACUCAAAUAUAUAAGCAAGGGGCCAAAUGACUCCUUCAACCAAGGUUGCCAUUGCCAAAACACAAUGCCUGGUUGCCCUUUUUGGGAAAGACGGCUCUAAAGUCUUAUCUUCCAAAUGAUGGACUGACUGUGAUGGAUUCUCAGUUCAACAUCUGGCUAGUUCAAAGGACAACCUUGGGCCUGGUUAAGAGCUUUGAGAAUUUAAAAGAAGGAAAGUCACUUGAUCCAGGGACAGUCCGCACAUCUAUUGGCCUAUUCCGACCUCUUUUUCUUAAUGGUGACACAGACCAUUCGUAACGUAGGGAUAUUAUUCACAACCGUGGGGGAAGCAAAGACAAGCGACAACAAUUCACUAUAACGCUGUUCACUGCUGCUGCGCAGGCUGCACAGAAAAAGCCUUUUGGUUCCUGAAAUUCAUUCCGAUUGUGCAGAUAAAAUAUAGCUGAUGGAAUUUUACAGGAUGGAGCCUUAGUGUGUGAAAACGGUCCAGAUCCAAGGAUCCCCGGAUGGAGGAGAGGUCACGUGCCGUCCUGGCUCCCAGGCAUCUUCACUUGGUUAAAAGUAGCCAAAAGUCAGGUGCAAAUUGCGCCAGGCUAAUUUCGAAUACUGGCUGGGGUGUGUCGAAUCCCUUGCUUUACCUGAAGAGAGAAAGAGAGAUCUUUGCGUGUGUGUGUGUGUGUGUGUGUGUGUGUGUAGAAAUCAGAAACCUUUUUAAAAUAUAUAUUUUAUUAGUUUUUUUAACGUAUCAUUUCAAACAAUCAUAUAACAUAACUUCUUAUCUUAUACAAUGUUUUAGACUUCUGUCAACACCUCUGAUGAUUUUCCGUUCUUUUAUCACUUAUCCUGCAUUUCUUAAUUUCUCUGUUACGCUUAAUUAUCUUAACUCAUAAUUUUCCUCAUGGUCUUCCUUGCAAUAUUUCAAAAAGUCCCCCUUACGAAACUUCUAGCGUAAUCCUGUUCAUUACAGUUGCUUUUCAAAUAGUUCGUAUAUUUACUCCAGUCUGCUGAGAAUCUCUGGUCCCACAGGUUUCGAAUCCUUCCUGUUAGUUUAUCCAGUUCUGCAUAGUCCAUAGAAAUCAGCAACUUUUUCCUGGCUUGAGUGUUGUCUCCUCAACAAAGGUGAGAGACCCUUCUGUUGCCCCCCCCCCACUUUUUGCUGGGGUGUCAGUGAAACUGGCUAGCUGCAGAUUCCCUCAGUCCUCCUUAAGAGAUUCAGCUUUGAAAUGGGCCUGGGAAUGAGAGCCGGCAGUGGGGAUAGUGGUUAGAGCGUUGGACCAAUACUUAACCUGGGAAACCAGGGUUCGAAUCUUGCUGCCCAGCCCGUGAAGCUCACUGGGUGACCUCGGGACAGUCGCUCCCAAGGACUCCCCUUCCUAGCAGAGGUUGGUUAGGGAUUCUUUACCUGCCAUUCCUGCAUUGCAAGGGGUUGGACUAGAUGACCCUUAGGGGUCUCGUCCCACUCUACAAUCCUAGGAUUCUGCAAGGAUGCUAAUGGUCUGUCUUGCAGGACUGCUGUUGCAAAUAUCUCAAACAAACCCCUGUGUUGCAAAAGAGAAUGUCAACAAUGUUUAGGCAACACAAUGACAUACGUAAUAGACAAUCUUUAUAGAAUUCCUUCAGCAUGGUGGGAAAAUAUAGAACCCAUCUUAUUUCAAAUGAGUAUAUGUGAAUGAAAAGAUCAAAUGCUGUGGAGCCGUGCUGACGAAGAUCUACGAAACAGCAGUCAAUAUCCGGAAUCUCUGUUCAGUGUUGGACAUUAUAUUUGCUGAAUACACAAAGCUUCACAGCUUAUCUUUCAUCGUACAAAGUUUGGUACCUCGCUUCAUUUAAAGAUUUUCAGAGACUAAGAUUUCAUUUUGAACUUGUUAUUGUUUGAAGGGUUUCUAUAAAGAUUGUCUAUUACGUAUGCAUAUGGUCAUCGUUGUUGCCUAAACGUCGACGUUGCAAAGAUUUCUGCAGUCUUUGGAGUUUUGAGGAAGCGUUCGGAAUCAUAAACAGGAUUUGUUCUUUUCUCAGCUCUGCUUUCCAGGAAUCCUUGGAACGAGAUUUAUUGCAAGAGCUCUGGGACGGAUCCUGAACUGGCGGCGGGGAGGGGGGGGUGAGGGUGCCUCGUCAUCCCCUUUGUGACAUCCGUGAGGUAGUCAAGCUGGGACUUGUGUGAAUCUCCCGUGUUGGGGCCUGUGGCGCUGUUGCGAUAACCUUGGAUUUUUGCUCCGUUCAAAACAAGCGCUCAAGUUACAAGCCCUCAAGGCUGUUUAGAGUUGGCCGCCUCCACCGCACUGAGUGCUCUGCCCUUCCCUGUGAGUGGGAAAAAGCAGAGGAUUUCACUCAUGCCUGUUGCCAAAUCCUUGCCAAAUUUGCUGCAGCCCUCGGGGAAGAGGGGUUGGGUGUGAAAUACUGGCUGCCUCCUUUCACACCUGUCCAGUUUUCUCACUGGGAGUUGGGUUUUUAAUCCUGCAUCUUGGGGCUUUGGCGUGUGUGUCUAAAUCCUCCUUUUGGGGUUUGUGGUGUGAACUUCCUGUGAUCCGGAGUCGUGCCUAGCAGGUGAUUCGAAUCCAGGACCAGAGAUUGACAGGUGCUUUCCCUUAGAUUGUGGCAGCCCAUGUGCCCUCGCGAUCUGAACCCUGGAGGUUCCUUCACUUCUAGGAUUCUUUGAUUCAGAUCUAACAUUUCUCUAGCAGUUGCAAAUAGGUGGCAGCGUUAGAAACUCAGAUAUAUAAUAAAAUAAGGGACAUGGGUGGCGCUGUGGGUUAAACCACAGAGCCUAGGACUUGCCGAUCAGAAGGUCGGCGGUUCGAAUCCCCACGACGCAGUGAGCUCCUGUUGCUCGGUCCCAGCUCCUUGCCAACCUAGCAGUUCGAAAGCACUUCAAAGUGCAAGUAGAUAAAUAGGUACCGUUCCGGCGAGAAGGUAAACGGCGUUUCCGUGUGCUGCUCUGGUUCGCCAGAAGCGGCUUAGUCAUGCUGGCCACAUGACUGUACACCGGCUCCCUCGGCCAAUAAAGCAAGAUGAGCGCCGCAACCCCAGAGUCGGUCACGACUGGACCUAAUGGUCAGGGGUCCCUUUACCUUUACCUUUAGGGGCCAAAUGGCCCCUUAAACCAAGGUUGCUGGUGCCAAAACAGAAAGCCUAGUUACCCUAAAGUCUUUAUUUUCCAAAUGAUGGACUGACUGUGAUGGAUUCUCAGUUAAAACAUCUGGCUAAUUCAGAAGACAACCUUGAGCCAGGUUAAGAACUUUGAGAACUGAAAGAAGAAAAGUCCCUUGAUCAAGUCCACAAAUAUUGGCUUAUUCCAGCCUCUUUUUAUCAACAGUGACAUGGACCAUUCAUCACGUAGGAAUAUUCUUCCCAACUCUGAGCAGGGCCGUGGGGGAACUGAAGACAAGCAACAACCAGUCACUAGAACGCUCUUCACUGCUCCUUCUCAGGCUGCACAGAAAAAGCGUUUUGGUUCCUGAAAUUCAUUCCGAUUGUGCCGAUCAAAUAUGGCAGGAUUGGGCCUUAGUGUGUGAAAACAGUCCAGAUCCAAGGAUCCCCAGAUGGGGGAGACGUCAGGCAUCAUCCCGGCAGCCAGGGAUCUUCACAUAGCUGUCAAGCGUCCCUUAUUUGGCAGGACAGUCCCUUAUCCCAGCGCCACGUCCCGCUGCUGUCCCUUAUUGAUGAUGUCCCUUAAAUAAGCUACUGAAGGUAAUGGGGCCCUUUCUAUGUCCAGCUGUCCUUUGUCAACAACAAAUUGUUGCUGUUUUUUUGUGUUGAAUAUAUGCUAUAUGGUAAUUUAUGGACCUAAUAGAUAUCUAAACCCAUUUGCACGCAACAAAAUAUGUAUUUUAUCAAAGUAAUUGUUGAUCCCUUAUUUUGGCUGCUGAUCCCUUAAUUUCGAGGCUGCUGGUCCCUUAUUUUCAAAUCUGUAAGUUGACAGCUAUGGAUCUUCACUUGGUCGCAGGUGGCCAAUAGCCAGGUGCAAAAUGCGCCUGGCAAAUUUCGCACACUGCUGCUAUCCAGGUUUGAGUCAUAAAGAGUCAUAGAAUUGUAUAGUUGGAAGGGACCCAACUCCCUGCAACGCAAGGUUCUUGCAUUAACCCACAAAGCCCAAAGUAACUCUGGCUCAAAGUACCUGCAGGACCACCUUAUUUCUUCUGGCCCACUUUUACUGGCAUCUGAGCCUUGUGUCCUGUGUAACUCACUGCCACUGGAGGCCGGGAAGGAAUUGUACCUGCCUUUUUUGUUUCUUACAUCUCCUGAAAGCUGUGUUAGUCAGAUGGGCCUCCUCACUGUGGAUUUUUUUCUUACCAACCUGUACUUAUUUAUUUAUUGGGGGUAAAAACUUAUUUAACCGAAUGUAUACAGUCGUACCUUGGAAUUUGAACAGCUGAGUUCUCAAACGUUUUCGCUCCCGAACAUCACAAACCCGGAAGUGAGUUCCGCGGCUUCCGAUUGGUUGCAGGAGCUUCCUGCGGCCAAUCAGAAGCCACACUUUGGUUUUUGAAUGUUUUGGAAGUUGAACGGAUUUCCGGAACGGAUUCCGUAACAAAACCUCUUAUUGACUGGGGGGGGGGGGGGACUAUCCGCAGAAACGGUUAAAAGUUAGUAUUUUUAAAAAUCCAAAAGACAGUUGAAAAAUGACCAUAUAUAUAAUUAAUGUUGUUGUUGUUGUUGUUGUUGUUGUUGUUGUUGUUGUUGUUGAAAUUUGUAUACCACCCUAUACCUGCAAGUCUCAGGGCAGUUCACAGGAUAAAAUAACGAUUUAAAACACAAAAAGCAUAGUCAAAAUAAAAACAAAUUAUAAACAAAAAGAAACCCAGUAACUCACGGAAAGGUUAAGAUUAGCGACAAAAAAGCAGUUUCAAGCAGGUAUUUUAAAAUCAGGAGGUAUUUAAAAAUCGACAGUGUAUUUACUUAAAGAACAGAAUAUCAACAAAAAGCAGUUAAAACCGAUAUUUUGUAUUUGAUCAGACGAUAAGUACAAUUUUUUUAAAAAAUGAUAUUUAUUAAAGUUUCAAAAAAUACAAAAUACAGAAAAAAGAGUAAAGUUUUUUUUUUAAAAUAUAACAAAAAAGUAAAAAAUAAAAAAAGAAACAUACAAAAUAAAACAGUUAAAAAGACAUUAAUUUUCCAAACCUAUCUUCCCUAAACUUAUUUCCCCGGACCUCCUCAUACCUCCCUUUUUUGUAUUCCAGUUCAGUUUGUUAGUUCAGCAAAUCCUUACCAUUAAACUUUUGCCCAAUUGUAAACCUUUUUUUUCAUAUCUCUUAAAGCAUUACAGCUAAAAACCUCUUAGUUUCUAUCCAACAUCCUUCUAAGAUUCAUUAAUUUUACAAUAUUUCUGUAAAUAGUCUUUAAAUUUCUUCCAGUCUUCUUUGACCGACUCUUCUCCCUGGUCUCGGAUUCUGCAGACGAUAAGUACAAUUGACCGUGUAUUUAUUUAGCAAAAUUCUAAGCCCUUCGCUGAUGUUUUUAUUGAUCUGAUUGCGGUUUUAUUUGAUGUGUGCCGCAUAUACCACGCCACAGCCAAUCACCACCACCAUCUCAUUUUUUGGUUUUUUUAAGCGCCUGGACUUUCCAUUGUGAUGACCAUAACCCAGCCUUAAGGUUGCCAUUUGGCGAUUAGCUUAUACACUGGAGUUUCUAACACUGCCUGGGAGAAUUCCCUCCAGGCCUGAUCUUCUGCACUCAAAGCAGAUGUCCUAACCUUGUGGUUCCCUACCUUUCUUUUGGGCCAAACCACCACCACCACCUCGCCUCCAUAAACAUAUCCCCGGUGUCCUCCGUUACAAAAAGCAGUUGUUCCGCUCAGAAAGAUAACAGUGCGAAGAAAUUGCCGAGCGGCAGCAAUUAAUUGCGCGCUUAUUCCAAAUCCAAUUAAAACCCCUUCGUUCAAUUAAUGCAGCAAGACGCAGGGACUCGCACCCGGUCCCCGGCCGCGAGGCCCUUUGUGUGACAUUAGGAGGACUUGCGACUGCUUCUCUCUGUGCCUCACGCUCUUUGUGGCCGGAGUAAUUGAACCCGUAAUUUAUUUAUUUCCCUUGUAUAAAACGGGGUGUGUCUGUGUGUCUCUGUCGUCUCCACAAGGGAGCCUUUCAUGCCUUUUUCUUUCGACAGUUGGACAGCGCCCAAAGCCGGCCAAAUUUGCCUAUUUAACACACGCUCCACUUUGGUGGCAAAUUAACUGGCCCCUAAUGACAUAAUUAGCGGGACCAUCGCCGCCCCAUCAGAGCUCAUUCACACGGAUAUUGGUAUCCGUACUCAGAAGCUGAUUUCUCUAAUUUGCAGAUUUCUCUUACAGUGGUACCUCGCUUCAGGUUACAUACGCUUCAGGUUACAAACUCCGCUAACCCAGAAAUAGUACCUCGGGUUAAGAACUUUGCUUCAGGAUGAGAACAGAAAUCGUGCUCCGCGGUGCAGUGGCAGUGGGAGGCCCCAUUAGCUAAAGUGGUGCUUUGGGUUAAGAACAGUUUCAGGUUAAGAACGGACCUCCGGAACGAAUUAAGUACUUAACCCAAGGUACCACUGUAUUUGCUGAAUGUCGGGAGAUUCAGGGCAGAUUUUUUCUCUUUUAAUUAAAAAAACACACCCUCCUCUUCAUUUGGCACGUGGUUAAACUGCGGAACUGCCUCCCACUGGAGGCAACUGAGAUGGCUUUAGAAUAGGAUCUGUCACAUUCAUGAAAGAGGAGGAGGAAGGGAGGGUUCUCGACUCGCCAUGAUGGCUACCCAGAUCCUCAGCUCAAUGGCUUCAAAUGACAAGAAAGGAAAGUUCAAUAGUGAAACGGACAACUUUGGAAGGUGUCGGACGCUCCUUCCUUGCAGUUUUUAAAGCAGAGUUUGGAUGGCCGUGCUUGUCAGGGAUUCUUGAGCAUUGCUGGGGGGCAGGGUUGGACUAGAUGAGCUUCGGGGGUCCCUUCCAGCUCUACGUUUCCAGGAAAGAAAAGGGGAAAGUGCAGAAGGAAGUGUGGAAGAGGCUGUUGCUUACGGCGCGUCUGUGUUGCCAAACUCGAAAAUCUUCAGAUUGUACGGAUCUUUUGCCUUUUGCAGGUUUGAUGAGCGCAGCCCGAUGUCUGCAAAGGGUCCAUGGGGCUGGGCACUUUUGCGCCUUCACCUUUGCUCUGCCCCUUCCGUCGCAUGGACUUUGGACCCGGCUGUUUACAGCCCCCCCCUUUGUUCAGAGGAGCCCUCUCCCGUCUCCCUGGUCUUUUUCUGCAUAUAAAAUAUAUUUCUGUUUCUGGCAUUUAUAGGCAUCGAGGGCUCUUGUUUUGCCCCCUCUGCAAACCCGGAGUUUGCAGAAGUUUUUUGCUUUUUUUUUUAAAAAAAAUAAUAUUUAUUAAAGUUUCAAAGGAAAAAAAAAUCACAUUAAUAAAAAAAAUUAACAAUAAAAAGGAAAAAUACAAAGUAGGAAAAAAAAGAGAAAACAGUUAAAAGCAAUUCCAUCUUUUCCUCACUUCUUUUACGUUUACUUGUUUCCUGGACCUCCUCAUACCUCCCUCUUUUGUAUUCCAAUUCAAUUUGUUAAUCCAACAAUUCCUUUCCCUCCUUUUUAAUUCUAAUCCUUAGUCUUGAUAUAUUGUAACGUUAGAUUUUUACAUUAAAAACCAUUUUUUCCAUAUUCUUUUGUACCUAUACAGCUAGAAACCACUUAACUUCAAUCCAACAUCAUUCUAACAUUCAUUAAUUUUACAAUAUUUCUGUAAAUAGUCUUUAAAUUUCUUCCAAUCUUCUUCCACCGACUCUUCUCCCUGGUCACGGAUUCUGCCAGUCAUUUCUGCCAAUUCCAUAUAGUCCAUUAAUUUCAUCUGCCAUUCCUCCAGUAUGGGUAAAUCUUGUGUCUUCCAAUGCUUUGCAAUGAGUAUUCUUGCUGCUGUUGUAGCAUACAUAAAGAAAGGUCUGUCCUUCUUUAACACCGAUUGGCUGACUAUGCCCAGGAGAAAGGCCUCUGGUUUCUUCAAGAAGGUAUAUUUAAAUACCUUUUUUAGUUCAUUAUAUAUCAAAGAAGUUUUUUUGCUUUUAAGCAAAUAAGUAAAAAACACAGACGUGGCAUGUGAGGGAAAAGGGAGGGCAAAAGACGAUGGAGGUGUUGCUGCUGACCUUUAAAGCCCUAAAUGGCCUUGGCCCGGUAUACAGUGGUACCCCGCAAGACGAACGCCUCGCAAGACGGAAAACCCGCUAGACGAAAGGGUUUUCCGUUUUGGAGGCGCUUCGCAAAACGAAUUUCCCUAUGGGCUUGCUUCGCAAGACGACAGCCCAUAGGGAAUCUCAGGGACAGCGGGGAAGCGCAGCGCGUCUUCCCCACUGUCCUCGGACCUCCUCCGAAGCCUGGCGGCGGGGACACCUCCUCCCGCCGCCGCCGGGCCGGAAGGCUCCUCCGAAGCCGGGCGGGGGAGGGAACACCUGCCGCCGCCGCCCGGCCGGGCGGUGCUCCGAAGCCGGGCGGGGGAGGGAACACCUGCCGCCGCCGCCCGGCUCGGAACGGUGCUCCGAGCCGGGCGGGGAGGGGAGGGAAGACCUCCGCCUCUGCCCGGCUCGGAACGGUGCUCCGAGCCGGGCGGGGGAGGGAAGACCUCCCGCCUCUGCCCGGCUCGGAACGGUGCUCCGAGCCGGGCGGGGAGGGAACACCUCCGCCGCCGCCCGGCUCGGAACGGUGCUCCGAGCCGGGCGGGGGGAGGAAGACCUUCUGAAGGCGGGCGGGGGCGAAGUCUUUGCUCCCCCUGCCUGCCUGUCCCGGAGGGCUUUUGAAGGCGGGGAGCAAAGACUUUCGCCCCCGCCCGCCUUCAGAAGAGGUCCAGGACCUCUUCUGAAGGCUGGCGGGGGCAAAGUCUUUGUCCCCCUGCCUGCCUUCCCAGGGGCUUUAAAUUGCCCCGGACAGCGGAGAAGUCCUCCGCUGUCCCGGGUGAUUUUAAAAUGCCGCCCGCCAGCAUUUUAAGAUCGCCCGGACAGCGGAGAAGUCCUCCGCUGUCCCGGGGUUUUAAAAUGCUGGGGGUGGGAAGAAAAGCCCUUGCCCCCAGCCUUCAGAAGAGGUCCGGGGACAGACUGUCCCCGGACCUGGUCUGAAGGCGGUUUCCUAGGAACGCAUUAAUUGAUUUUCAAUGCAUUCCUAUGGGAAACCGUGCAUCGCAAGACGAAAAACUCGCAAGACGAAGAGACUUGCGGAACGAAUUAAUUUCGUCUUGCGAGGCACCACUGUACCCAAAGGAGCGUCUCCACCCCCAUCGUUCUGCCCGGAUGCUGAGGUCCAGCACCGAGGGCUUUCUGGCCGUUCCCUCAACUGCAAGAAGCCAAGCCACAGGGAACCAGACAGAGGGCCUUCUCGGUAGUGGCACCAGCCCUGGGGAACACCCUCCUAUCAGAUAUCAAGGAAAUAAACAACUAUCUGACUUUUAGAAGACAUCUGAAGGCAGCCCUGUUUAGGGAAGUUUUUAAUAUUUGAUUUUUUUAUUGUGCUUUUAAUUGUGUUGGGAGCCACCCAGAGUGGCUGGGGAAACCCAACCAGAUGGGUGGGGUAUAAAUAAAAAAUUAUUACUACUACAGUGGUACCUUGGUUUGCAUACGUUUUGGAUUACAAAGACGGAAGUGUGUGUCACGGUUUGCAACCUUUUUUUGGAUUACCACCCAUUUUUUUUGGAUUGCAAACAAUUUUUUUUUGUUUUGAGGCCCCAUUGGCAAAAGUGCACCUUGGGUCUCCACUGCUGCCGGAUCCGGCUUGGUGGAUGAUGAGGACUGGAAUCUUAGCUUGCCUUUAGGAGAAAGGUUAUACAACUCAGUGGCGGAGCAGGGCAGAAGGUCACUGCGUGCAAUUCCUGGCAUCCUCUUAUAGGGUUGGGGAUGAAUCCUUUUUGGACCUCAGUCCCUGGGGAGACACUGCCGGUCAGAGAAGGAGGUUCUGAGGAAGAUGGACCAGUGGUCUGACUCGGAAGGAAGCAGUUUCCUGCGUUUGCUGUUUACACCAGUCCUUUAUUCCCAGCCUCAGAGACUGUGAUCUCGCUGUAUUUCUAAGCUCGGUGGCAGAGCAUCUUCUCCCUCGUAUUUACGGAACCAACUCUCCUGGUCUGCCCCGCAGAGGACCUUAAGGUCCAUGAAUAACCAUAGUUUAGAGGUCCCGGGCCCUAAGGAAGUCAGACUAUCCUCCACCAGGGCCAGGGCCUUCUCAGUGAUGGCUCCGACCUGGUGGAAUGCUCUGUCCCAUGAGAUUUAACCUCCUUCCACAGGGCCUGUAAGACAGAGCUAUUCCGCCUGGCCCUUAAUUUGAAUUCAGCCUGAUCUUUUAUUCCCCUUCCUUCCCUCCCCCUCCCCUUUUUAUGAAGAUUACCCGCUCUGGGAUCCCACAGCUAAUUCUCCCCUGGUCUCCUUGCUGGCCCAAAUAGGACUAAUUUAGCCAGUUAGCCCUGAUGAUCAUCUAAUGUUUAGUGGAUGGAUUUUCUCCCUAAAUUGAUUUUUGAAUUCUGAAUUUACCGUUAUUCACGUUUUAUACUGUAUUUUAUGCUGUUUUUUUGUUGUAUCAUUAAGUGCUUUAAAUUUGUUGUUAGCCGCCCUGAGCCCGGUUUUCUGAACCGGGAAGGGCGGGGUAUAAAUAAAAAAUUAUUAUUACAGUGGUACCUUGGGUUACAUACACUUCAGGUUACAUACGCUUCAGGUUACAGACUCCGCUAACCCAGAAAUAGUACCUCGGGUUAAGAACUUUGCUUCAGGAUGAGAACAGAAAUCGCGGAGCAGCAGCGGGAGGCCCCAUUAGCUAAAGUGGUGCUUCAGGUUAAGAACGGAACUCCGGAAUGAAUUAAGUACUUAACCCGAGGUACCACAGUAUUAUUAUUGGCAUUCAGAAAGUCCCACAUUCACUCUCUGAUGUCUCCAGGUACGGCUGGGGAAGACCCUGGCUGAAACCCUGGAGGGCAUCUGCUGCCACUCAGUGUAGAAUCACAGAGUUGGAAGGGACUAUAGAAUAGUAGCGUUGGAAGGGGCCCCUGAGGGUCAUCCAGACCAACCCCCUGCAAUGCAGAAAUCUCUGCUAAAGCAUCCUUGGCAGAUGGCCACCCAAACCUAUGCUUAAAAGCCUCCACAGCAUCCCGAGGGAGACCGUUCCCCAGCUGAACAGCUCUCAGUGUCAGGAAGUUAUUGGCCACCCUCUUCUGCCCACGUUCAUGUGUACCAGUUUUAAAUCAUGAGGACUAGAUCCCUGCUUCGUUUCUAAAUGAAAGGACCAUAGCUUAAGGGCUCAGUCCCCAAUGCUGGGCCCAUGAUCCUGAAACCUUCCCCGCAAAGCCUUUGCUGUGCUCAUUUUGCAGAAUCACAGAAUUGCACAGCGGGUGGGAGCACGAGGGUCAUCUAGCCUAACCGCUGUAAUGUGUGUGGGUCCUCCACAAAAGGCCCAGAGAGUGGCAACAUGACCACAGGGCCUUUUCUGCAGUGGCUCCCCAUCUGUGGAAUGCUCUCCCCAGGGAGGUUCGCCUGGCACCUUCAUUAUAUAUACCAUGGGUAGGCAACCUAAGGCCCAGGGGCCGGAUACGGCCCAAUCGCCUUCUAAAUCUGGCCUGCGGACGGUCCGGGAAUCAGUGUGUUUUUACAUGAAUGAAAUGUGUCCUUCUAUUUAAAAUGCAUCUCUGAGUUAUUUGUGGGGCAUAGGAAUUAGUUCAUUAUUUUUUUCAAAAUACAGUGGUACCUCUGGUUGCGAACGGGAUCCGUUCUGGAGCCCCAUUUGCAACCUGAGAGGAACACAACCCGCACCUGCCCAUCUACGCAUGUGCGGGUCGCGAUUCGUCACUUCUGCACAUGCGUGUGGCGUCAUUUUGCGCGUCUGCGCAUGCUCGAGCGGCGAAACCUGGAAGUAACCCUUUCUGGUACUUCCGGGUCGCAGCGGGACGCAACCCUAAAGACGUAACCUGAACUGAACAUAACAAGAGGUAUGAAUGUAUAGUUCGGCCCACCACAUGGUCUGAGGGACGGUGGACAGCCCACGGCUGAAAAAGUUUGCUGACCCCUGCCUUGGGAGAGUCGCUGCCAGUCAGUGCAGGCAGUCUUGAGCUUCAAUGGACCAGCGUUGUGAUGUGGGAUAAAACGUCUUUCCGGAGAUACUGAGGCAGUCCCGCCUGCCUGCCUGCUUUAUCCCUCCUGCCCUGGCAACCCUCUCCUCAGAGCCCCUUGUCUGGGGAGGAGGGAAUUUUUGGGAUUCCUGACUCCUUUGCCUGCUCAUGCGCAUUGACCUGAUGGGCCCCAAAGAGAGAAAUGGUCUGUGUGCAUUUGGAGAAGCGAGAGGGUUUCAAUUAUUUGCUAGUACAGAAGGCAAGUCUCCAAAUGGGAUGGGCAGGAAUUGGAAGAGGUUCAUCACAACCUGUGCGAAGUCCAGAAUUCUCUUCUCCCCGUGGUUAGAAACUAGGAUAUAUAAGCCAAUCGCCAAAUGGCACCUUAAACCCAGGUUAUAGUUGCCACAAUAGAAAAUGGGACGAUGAUGAUGAUGAUUUCUAUACCACUUUAUAUUUUAAAGAAAGAAAAACCCUCAAAGUCGUUUACAACACAUUAAAAUAUCCAAUCAACAUAGACACCGAGAGACAACAGGACUGCUCAAGGCACCCCAACUAUAAAAUUGGAGAAAUCGAGAGAUAUAUAGCCGCACCGGCAGCAUAUCUCUUCUUUCUCGUAUCCAAAAAUGCAAGAAGGGCUUUUACACUCACCGGAAGCUCAGCCUGCCCUCGCCGGAUUCUUUAAAAAAGUCCCAUAUGCUCAGAGACUUUGCGCCUGUUCAUUGGGGGAGCUAGGAAGCCCCGAGCACCUGUUCUUUAGAUGUCCCUUUUAGGAAGAGGCACAGAGUGAGACCACUGAUCCCCUGCUGGUGAGGCUCACUGACCUCCCGGGAAAGCAAAAAAUUGACCUUUUCCUGUUAGGUAAAGAUCAUAAGACGACCCGGAUGGUUGCCACAUUCUGUGUACAGAUCUGUAGGCGCAGACCAUCCCCCAACCCAAACUAGUUCGUUAAGAAAACCCCCAAACUCGGUUCCAUGGGUGACUCUGGUCCUCUUCGGUAGCUUAAAGUUUUAAGUGUCUAUACGCUUAUCGCAUUUAUAAAUUCUAAAUUUAUUGUUGUACAUUGUUUUAAAUGUUUGUUUUCCCUCUGGGAUUGUACCCCCACGUGUGUUUUAUAAGCUGGUCUCCGACUGUAAUAAAUUUUCUAUCUAUCUAUAUCCUGUCAAACAAUUCAGAAUAAAACGAAUUCAAGCUUCCAGGGAAAUAUUUCUGAUUCUUCUCUAAGUGACAUUUUGAUUCCCAUUUACUUACUUACUUACUUACUUACUUACUUACCUAAAAGGUAAGGUAAAGGGACCCCUGACCAUUAGGUCCAGUCGUGGCCGAUUCCGGGGUUGCGACGCUCAUCAUGCUUUAUUGGCCAAGGGAGCCGGCGUACAGCUUCCGGGUAUGUGCCCAGCAUGACUAAGCCGCUUCUGGCGAACCAGAGCAGAGCACGGAAACGCCGUUUACCUUCCCGCUGGAGCGGUAUCUAGUUAUCUACUUGCACUUUGACGUGCUUUGGAACUGCUAGGUUGGCAGGAGCAGGGACCGAGCAACGGGAGCUCACCCCGUCACGGGGAUUCGAACCGCCGACCUUCUGAUCGGCAAGCCCUAGGCUCUGUGGUUUAACCCACAGCGCCACCCGCGUCCCUUACUUACUUACCUACCUACCUGCUUAAUAUAUAGAGCCUCCCCCUAGCAGACGUGCUCUAGGAAGGCAGGGUGGUGUAGUGGUGAGAAUGGCAGACUAGGACCCGGGAGACCAGGAUUCCAAAGUUCAAAUCCCCACUCCGUCAUGGAGCUCACUGAGUGUCCUUGGAGUCAGUCCCAGCCUCUUAGCCUACCUCUCAGGGUCGUUGUAGGCAUUAAGUUGGUGGGGGGGGGGUGAACCGUGUAGUCCUUGGAGAAAAAGGUGGGAGACAUAUGCAAUAAAUCAGCUCUUGUGCUUAUCUGCUUAAGAAAGCGGGAGGGGGCAGCCAGGUGGAGUUGUCAGUUGCCAGCCUGGGCACCCAGAAAUCUCCAUGUGGUUGCAGUGGGCGCCUGGCACCUGCCUAAUUUCUAACACUGUUCCAAGGUAGGAAUAGGAGAGUUUCCCCAAGUCCAAAACCCCUGGAGAACCACUUCCACUCAGUUUAUUUUUCUGCGGCUAUUUGGCUAACGUUGCUAAUGUCGUUUCAUAGAUUAUAAAUGCUGCAUUUAUGCGUUAAUCAUAUAACACAACUUUUGCUUGAAUUGUAGUGCCUAGCUUGUUUUUUGUGGCUGCUGCUUUGUGAACGGUUGCAAAAUGCGCCUGGGGAAUUUCUGGCACUGGGUGACUUACGGAGAGGUUCAUCUUUUUUAUUUUUAUUUUUUAACAAUAUGUGCAUUUCCUCAAAGAGACGGGACGGCCGUGUGUGUAAACGGGAGGAAGGAAGCAGCUUAUCUCAUGAUUUUUGUUUUAACCUAGGUCGAACCGCGACUGCCAGAUCGACCAACACCACCGCAAUCAAUGCCAGUAUUGCCGUCUGAAAAAGUGUUUCCGCGUCGGGAUGAGGAAAGAAGGUACUCUCCAGUACUGGGGUGUGUGUGUAUGUGUGUAUGUGAUAUUUGGAGAGAUACAAACUCCAAAGAGGACGACACAUAUGUCUGUUAACCGAGGUCCCUUGCAGGACCUCGAAAGCUGCUGAAUUUAUUUUGUGCUACAUCACACAACUCAUGUCAUCAGGUAUAUCACUUAUUUUUGGGUUUAUUUUCAUCCUCUUGUUUCUGCAUCCCAUCUUUCCUCCCCUCCUCUCCAUUCCCCCCCAAGAUCUUUAUUGAAACGUAACAUAUAUGCAUAAUAACCAAAAUUCCCAAUGAUUCCCUCACAUAAAACAUAAUACAGUGGUACCUCGGGUUAAGUACUUAAUUCGUUCCAGAGGUCCGUACUUAACCUGAAACUGUUCUUAACUUGAAGCACCACUUUAGCUAAUGGGGCCUCCUGCUGCCGCCACCGCGCCGCUGGAGCACAGUUUCUGUUCUCAUCCUGAAGCAAAGUUCUUAACCUGAAGCACUAUUUCUGAGUUAGCGGAGUCUGUAACCUGAAGCGUAUUUAACCCGAGGUACCACUGUACCUAGAUUAAAACAGCUACUUAAUUAUACACUUAAUUAUAAAACCCACCACCCACCCGCUACUUCCCUCCACAGCAAUUCGACUUCUUUAUAUUUCUUUCUACCUUUCCCCCUUGCAUUCUAUAAUAAAUUAUUUUUGUUACGUUCUGAUUUUUCCUUCUUUCGUUACUGGUUUUGUUAUUGCUUACAUUUUUUUUUUCUAAGCCUAUUAGCAUGUCAUUUUUAGAACAAUAUUUUGACAUACAAUCUUCGAAAUACUUCCACGCCAUUCUUGACUUUUGAUUUGAUUGAUAUCUUAUAAUUGAAGUUAAUUUUGCCAAUUCUAUAUACUCAAUUUACAAAUCCACUCUUCCUUUGUUGGUUUGUCCUGAGAUUUCCAUUUAGUGGCAAUUGCUACCCUGGCAGCUGUUGUUGCAUAUGAAAAGAUUGGUUUUUUUUUUCAUAUGUGGUAUGCCUUUGCCCGAUCGCAUGGUCGGCGGUUCGAAUCCCCGCGGCGGGGUGCGCUCCUGUCGUUCGGUCCCAGCGCCUGCCAACCUAGCAGUUCGAAAGCACCUCCGGGUGCAAGUAGAUAAAUAGGGACCGCUUACCAGCGGGAAGGUAAACGGCGUUCCGUGUGCUGCGCUGGCUCGCCAGAUGCAGCUUGUCACGCUGGCCACGUGACCCGGAAGUGUCUGCGGACAGCACUGGCUCCCGGCCUAUAGAGUGAGAUGAGCGCACAACCCUAGAGUCUGGCAAGACUGGCCCGUACGGGCAGGGGUACCUUUACCUUUUACCUAUGCCUUUGCCCAAAAAUCCCUAACAGAUAAGCUUGGGAUUUUUUAUCCUCUCCUCUCCAUUUUUAUCCUUACAUCAACCCUGUGAGGUAGGUUAGGCUGAGAGGCAGCUGCUGGUUCCCAAGGAGAAAGCAAGAGAAAAGGAAAAUAAGGAAAAAGCGAAAAAAGUUGUUGUUGUUUAGUCGUUUAGUCGUGUCUGACCCUUCGUGACCCCCUGGACCAGAGCACGCCAGGCCCUCCUGUCUUCCACUGCCUCCCGCAGUUUGGUCAAACUCAUGCUGGUAGCUUCGAGAACACUGUCCCACCAUCUCGUCCUCCGUCGUCCCCUUCUCCUUGUGCCCUCCAUCUUUCCCAGCAUCAGGGUCUUUUCCAGGCAGUCUUCUCUUCUCAUGAGGUGGCCAAAGUAUUGGAGCCUCAGCUUCAGGAUCUGUCCUUCCAGUGAGCACUCAGGGCUGAUUUCCUUCAGAAUGGAGAGGUUUGAUCUUCUUGCAGUCCAUGGGACUCUCAAGAGUCUCCCCCAGCAAAAGAAUUCAAAAGCAUCCAUUCUUCGGCGAUCAGCCUUCUUUAUGGUCCAGUAGAGUAAAAGGACUCCUGGCUCUCUGCAGCUACAUAUGAUGUUCAUUCUUUAAGUUCCAACCAUUCUGUCUUCUAUAAUGUAUUUUUAAAUUUUUGUUCCGCUGAGCGUCUGGCGCAGCUGGCACCCAGUACCCGCUGGAUGGCAGAAGGGGACUCAACUGGCAGGACUCAACUUUGCAGAUGGUCUAACCUUUGGUGAAAUCUGCCAGCCACCCACAGACCCGACCUGAAAGAGAGUUGUGUCAGGGAAUCAAUGCUUAGGAGCUGCCGUAUGCCAGCAAUGCAAAGGGGUCUAAGGUCCGACACUGGCACGGAUAACCCUGGGUCAAAGUGCCUGGUGCCAGCUGGAACGCAGCAGAACCAGGGUUCAAAAUAAGCCAGGAGCCAAACGCAUUUUGCACCUGACCAUCAGCCAUUUAGGGACGCAGGUGGCGCUGUGGGUUAAACCACAGAGCCUAGGACUUGCCAAUCGGAAGGUCGGCUGUUCGAAUCCCCACGGCGGGGUGAGCUCCCGCUGCUCGGUCCCUGCUCCUGCCAACCUAGCAGUUUGAAAGCAUGUCAAAGUGCAAGUAGAUAAAUAGGUACCGCUCUGGCAGGAAGGUAAACGGUGUUUCCGUGCGCUGCUCUGGUUCCCCAGAAGCGGCAUAGUCCUGCUGGCCACAUCACCCGGAAGCUGUAUGCCGGCUCCCUCGGCUAAUAAAGCGAGAUGAGCGUUGCAACCCCAGAGUCGGCCACGACUGGAGCUAAUGGUCAGGGGUCCCUUUACCUUUCAUCCACUUGCGACUGAGUGGAGAUGCCUGGGAGCCAGAUUGCACAAUCAGAAUGAAUUUCAGGAACCGAAACGUUUUUUCUGUGCAGCAGGAGCAGGCGCACUGAACAGCGUCAUAGUGAAUUGUUGUUGCUUGUCUUCGCUUCCCCCACUGCCCUGCUCAGAGCUGUGAAGGAUAUUCCUACCUUAUGAAUGGUCACUGUCACCAUUAAGAAAAAGAAGUCAGAAUAAGCCCCUAUAUAUAUAUAUAUAUAUGGAUUGUCCCUGGAUCAAGGGACUUUCCUUUUUUAAGCUCUCAAAAUUCUCAACCUGGCUCAAGGUUGUCCUCUGAACAGGCCAGAUGUUUAACUGAGAAUCAAUCACGGUCAGUCCAUCAUUUGGAAAAUGAGACUUGUCCCAAAAUGCCAACUAGAAAUUCCAUUUUGGCACCUGUAACCUCAGUUUAAGAAGCCAUUUGGCUUACAUAUCUGAUUUUCUUUUUUAAAAAACAUGAUACAUUUUACUUUUUACUUUUUUAUUUUUUCAAUAUAAAUUUUUAUUAAUUUUUCAACACAUCAUUUUCAACAGUAAUUAAACAUACUUUCAUUUCUUACACCAUUUUUUUGACUUCCAUCAAUCACAUCUGAAAAUUUUCUAGUCUAUUCACUUAAUAUACAUUUCUUACUUCCACUAUUAGAUUUAAAUCUCUUAACCAAUAUCUCUAUUCUUUCUCUACUUUGCAAUAUUUCAUAUAUUUCUCCUUACAAAACUUCUUGUAUUCCUACUAGCGUAAUUUGUUGAUUACAGUUGCUCUUCAAAUAGUUCAUAUAUUUAUUUCAAUCUUCUGUAAAUCUCUGUUCCCGCAGGUUUCGAACCCUUCCUGUCAUUUUGUCCAAUUCUGCACAGUCCAUUAAUUUCGCCUGCCAUUCUUCUUUCAUCGGAAUUUCUUCUUGCUUCCAUUUCUGGGCUAACAAUACUCUUGCCGCUGUUGUUGCAUAUAAAAACAAUUUAACAUCUUGCCUAUUAAUAUCUUCACCACUUUUUAUUUUAUUUUUCAAAUAUAUAUUUCCACAAAUUUCACAUAUAUUGGCGACUGAAACCUUGGUUUUAGGAGCCAUUUGGCGCCUAGCUCAUCUAUCUUGCGUUUCUAAAACUGCCUGCAUCCUGGAAAGCCACAUCAGUCUGUUUAGGUCAGCGCGAAGGGGAAGCUGAGGUCUAGCAGCGUGAGAUGGCUGGGGAGGCAGGUUAACUUGGGACCUGGUACGGAGUCAAGAGGCCCUGGCUUUGGCGGAGUGAGCUGUUUGCCUUCAAGGCUGCCGGAAGGCCCAGCGGGUCGCUGUCAAACCGGUAAAACAGGUGGUGUUUGUUUGGAGAGCGCAAGAUUUUACAGGCGGGUAAGGAAAGGAGCCUGCAGGCUGGCAGGUCAUAUGACUCAGUAGCAGUAAAGGUCACAGCUGGAGAGCCAAAUACCAUCUCGAGAGCAAGCGAGCACCAAAUUAUUCCUUUGUUUGGAUUUUUGGCCCCGUUUCCACAGGUCUCGUGAUGGUGCCCCUCACUCACCACCCCCUCGGGUUUCUAAGGUCUCCAGGGGAGAUCGUGCCCUCGGAUCCUGCCUACGAGCUCCUCCCUUCAUUGGGAACGGGAUAGAGUCAUAGAAUUGCAGGGUUGGAGGGGGUCCCCACAGGUCAUCCAGUCCAACCCCCCUGCGAUGCAGUUGGAGAACCUUUAGCUGCCUUUGCUGGAUCAGACCCCAGAAAGUUCCCUUUGGCCCAGAGGAUCAUGCUGAGCCAAAGAUUCUGGCAUUUGCAGGGGGGCGGGCAGGAUGACCUCAGGGGAUCCCUUCCAACUUUACAACGCUGUGAUUCUGUGGUUCCUGGGAAGGGUAGCUACUGCUGCAGAAGACCCUGAAACGAGAAGUAAUCGACUAUAAAGUUAAAUUAAAUAACAAAAAUCAAAAAGUUUAAGGAAAAAGUUAACCUGGAAUUAAACAAAGACUUAACGAGAUGCCGGCUACAAAACUCGUUUCACUGAACUAAUCAGGAAAUAAAGAAAUUAUAAACCUUAAAUGAUUUUAAAUGAUUUUAAACAAACUUAAGAGCAAGGCUGAAAUGCUUCCCAGAGUUUUGUAGCCGGCAUCUCGUUAAGUCUUUGUUUAAUUCUAGGAUAAUAUUUUCCUUAAACUUUUUGAUUUUUGUUAUUUAAUUUAACUCUAUAGUCGAUUACUUGUCAUUUCAGGGAUUUUCACGGCAUUUCAUUUGUUUUGUGUAAUUUCUUGGUUCCGUGACUGUCCUUUUUCCACUGACGGCUGCAGAAGACAGCUUGUCAACACUCUCCUUAAUUUGUGGUGCCCAGAAUUGGACACAGUAUUCCAGGUGUGGCCUGACCAAGGCAGAAAAGAUUGGGACUAUUUUCCCCCUUGAUCUGGACACUAGGCUUCUGCUGAUGCAGCCUAGAAUAGCAUUCGCUUUUUUUGCUGCUCCAUCACCCUGUUGGCUCAUGUUCAGUUUGCGGCCCACCAAGACCCCUAGAUCAGCCUUUCUCAACCUGUGGGUCCCCAGAUGUUGUUGGACUACAACUCCCAUCACCCCUAGCUAGCAAGGCCAGAGCUCAGGGAUGAUGGGAGUUGUAGUCCAACAACAUCUGGGGACCCUCAGGUUGAGAACCGCUGCCCUAGAUCCUGAACGAUGGGGGUGGAGACGCUCCUUCAUAUAUACUGGACUGAGGCCAUUUAGGGCUUUCAAGGUCAGCACCAACACUUUGAAUUGUGCUCGAAACGUCCUGGGAGCCAAUGUAGGUCUUUCAAGACUGGUGUUAUGUUGUCUCGGCGGCCGCUCCUAGUCACCAGUCUGGCUGCCGCAUUCUGGAUUAGUUGUAGUUUCCGAGUCACCUUCAAAGGUAGCCCCACGUAGAGCGCAUUGCAGGAGUCCAAGCGGGAGAUAACCAGAGCAUGCACCACUCCGGCGAGACAGUCUGCGGGCAGGGAGGGUCUCAUCCUGUGUACCAGAUGGAGCUGAUAAACAGCUGCCCUGGACACAAAAUUGACCUCUGCCUCCAUGGACAGCUGUGAGUCCAGAAUGACUCCCAGGCUGCGCACCUGGUCCUUCAGGGGCACAGUUGCCCCAUUCAGGACCAGGGAGUCCUCCACACCCGCCCGCCCCCUGUCCCCCAAAAACAGUACUUCUGUUUUGUCAGGAUUCAACCUCAAUCUGUUAGCCACCAUCCAUCCUCCAACCACCUCCAGGCACUCACACAGGACCUUCACCACCUUCACUGGUUCUGAUUUAAAAGAGAGGUAGAUUAGUUGUAGUUUCCGGGUCACCUUCGAAGGUAGCCCCACGUAGAGCGCAUUGCAGUAGUCCAAGCGGGAGAUAACCAGAGCAUGCACCACGCUGGCCUUAACCAGUUCUCUCUGCUUGCUUCCCUCAGCCGUCCAGAGGGGCCGGAUCCCUCCCACCCACUCCAGCGCCAGCCCCAACGCCCUGCCCAGUGGCGAAUACUACAACGGCCAGCCCGUCUCGGAGCUGAUUUCGCAGCUCCUCCGUGCCGAGCCCUACCCCACCGCGCGCUUCAGCUCCCAGUACGCCCAGCAAGGCAGCGUGAUGGGCAUCGAUAACAUCUGCGAGUUGGCGGCGCGGCUCCUCUUCAGCACGGUGGAGUGGGCGCGAAACAUCCCCUUCUUCCCCGACCUGCCCGUCUCGGACCAGGUGGCGCUGCUGAGGCUCAGCUGGAGCGAGCUCUUCGUCCUCAACGCCGCGCAGUCCGCGCUGCCGCUGCACAUGGCGCCGCUGCUGGCUGCCGCCGGAUUCCACGCGGCUCCCAUGUCGGCCGACCGCGUGGUCUCCUUCAUGGACCAGAUCCGCAUCUUCCAGGACCAGGUGGAGAAGCUCAACCGGCUGCAGGUGGACCUGGCGGAGUACAGCUGCCUCAAAGCCAUCGCCCUCUUCACCCCAGGUGAGCACACCGGCUGGAGCCAUUCCCGGCUGUAUUGAGGUGGCUCGAGCGAGUGAGCCAAGCCGCGUGUUUGGCUGUUGCAGAAUUGCUCCCUGAAUUUGGAGGUUUUUCUCUCUCUGGAUGAAAAUGCUUUGUUGAAGUAAAUCAAAAUGGCAUAAAAUCACAGAAGUACUAAGAAGCAGAGCAGUAACAACAACAACAGUUUUAUUGUAUAGCAUUAUUAUUAUAAUAAUAUAAUAAUUAUCAUCAUCUAACUAUUUUCACAAUUGUGCAAUUAGUUAUAAGUAUUAGGUAAUAAUAAUAUAAUAUAAUAUAAUAUAAUAUAAUAUAAUAUAAUAUAAUAUAAUAUAAUAGUUGUUUCAGAUAUUAUUUGAUUAUUUCUUUAAAACAUUUAAAUGAACUUUUCAAUUUUUGGAAAUUCUUUUAAACUCAAAACAAAUCUCUCAUAUCCUUUGACUUCCAUUCCGUGGAGUUCUUUCCUUUCCUCAUUAAGCGGCUAUAUGACUUACAUUUUACCCAUUAGAUACAUUAAUUCUAAAUGAUUAACCUACCAAUUCUCUCAUCUGCUGCUAUACUUCAAAUCCUACAUACGUUUUCAUAUAACCAUGAUAUAUUUUUUUUCAAAUACAGUGGUACCUUGGUUCGCAAAACGGCUUAGUUGCCGAACAAACCGGCUUCCGAACGCAGCAAACCCGGAAGUGAGUGUUCUGGUUUGCGAAUGUUUUUCGGAAGCUGAACGUCCAAUGUAGCGUCUUGCUUGUAGUGCAGCCAAUCGGAAGCCACGCCUUGGUUUUCAAACGGUUUUGGGAGUCUAACGGAUUCCUGGAACGGAUUAAGUUCGAAAACCAAGGUACCGCUGUAUUCCACAAAAUAUUUCCAAAGACUCCUUAUUUCCAAAAAGGACCAGAGGAGGUGGUCUAAUUAUAAUUAUAAUUAUAAUUAUAAUUAUAAUUAUAAUUAUAAUUAUUUAUACCCCACCCAUCUGGCUGUGUUGCCCCAGCCACUCUGGGCAGAUCCCAGCACAUCUGGAAACAACAACAACAACAUAAUUUAUUAUUUAUACCCCACCCACUCUGGGCGGCUUCCAACAGAAUAUUAAAAUACAAUAACCUAUUAAACAUUAAAAAUGGGACGCGGGUGGCGCUGUGGGUUAAACCACAGAGCUUAGGGCUUGCCGAUCAGAAGGAUGGCGGUUCAAAUCCCCGCAAUGACGGGGUGAGCUUCCGUUGCUCGGUCCCUGCUCCUGCCCACCUAGCAGUUCGAAAGCACGUCAAAGUGCAAGUAGAUAAAUAGGUACCGCUCUGGCAGGAAGGUAAACAGCGUUUCCGUGCGCUGCUCUGGUUCGCCAGAAGCGGCUUAGUCAUGCUGGCCACAUGACCCGGAAGCUGUACGCCGGCUCCCUUGGCCAGUAAAGCGAGAUGAGCACUGCAACCCCAGAGUCGGCCAUGACUGGACCUAAUGGUCAGGGGUCCCUUUACCUUUACCUUUUAUUAAACAUUAAAAGCUUCCCUAAACAGGGCUGCCUUCAGAUGUCUUGUAAAAGUUGUGUCGCUCUUUGAUCUCGUUGAGGGGAGAGCAUUCCACAGGGGAGGUGCCACUGAAGGAUAAAAUAAAAUAAUGAGACCGCUAAUGAACUAUUAGUAAUAAAUUAUUAUUAUUAUUAUUAUUAUUGGAUAUAAAUUAUACGACUUUCUGUAGACCUCCGAAGGCAGCCCUGCAUCAUAAAGCUUUUAAUGUGUGACCAUAGAAUCAUAAGAGUUGGAAGGGACCCCGACGGUCAUCUAGCCCAACCCGCACGCAGUGCAGGAAUCUUCCGCCCUUGGGGUCUCGAACCCACAAACCUAACAGUCUCAGCGACUGGUGUUUUGAGGUGUUCUUUAUUGGAAGGCACCCAGAGUGACUGGGGUCACGGUGAGUUUGCUCCCUUGCAGCUCAGCCUUUGCAAAGCUUUUUGCUUCGCCAGCUCCCUGGCUUUGGCAAAAUCCCGGUGCUUAGAUGACUGUUGCGGAAGCCACAAGGACUCUGAGGAGCAAUGGGACCCUCUGCCAGCCACAGAGCUUGCAAUUCAUGCUCCUUCUUCACCAUUUCUCAUCUGCGAGUGGCACGCAUGGUGGCAGCACCACCUUGUGGCGAGGCAGAGUGCGAACCUGCAUGCCCAGUGGCAGUCUAUCUGGGUUCCUAAGGGUAAGUGUGUUGUUGUUUAGUCGUUUAGUCGUGUCCGACUCUUCGUGACCCCCUGGACCAGAGCACGCCAGGCACACCUGUCUUCCACUGCCUCCCGCAGUUUGGUCAAACACAUGCGGGUAGCUUCGAGAACACUGUCCCACCAUCUCGUCCUCUGUCGUCCCCUUCUCCUUGUGCCCUCCAUCAUUCCCAACAUCAGGGUCUUUUCCAGGGAGUCUUCUCUUCUCAUGAGGUGGCCAAAGUCUUGGAGCCUCAGCUUCAGGAUCUGUCCUUCCAGUGAGCACUCAGGGCUGAUUUCCUUCAGAAUGGAGAGGUUUGAUUUUCUUGCAGCCCAUGGGACUCUCAAGAGUCUCCUCCAGCACCAGAAUUCAAAAGCAUCCAUUCUUCGGUGAUCAGCCUUCUUUAUGGUCCAGCUCUCACUUCCGUACAUCAAUACUGGGAAAACCAGAGCUUGAACUAUACAGACCUUUGUUGGCAAGGUGAUGUCUCUGCUUUUUAAGAUGCUGUGGGUAAUUGUACACUGUGCAAAAAGGAUUCCAGAUUAAAUGGGCUGCUCUCUUCAGCUUGAUCCGGCAGCCAGCCUCUUCUGGUAUCUUUGUGGAACCUCCAUGUCCAGAGGCAAUCUAUCUCGGUUCCUAGUUUCUCACGGGUAUUUAGCCACUGUGAGGACAGGAUCAUAGAAUUGUAGUGUUGGAAGGGACCCGAGGGUCAUCUAUCUCAACCCCCGGCAAUGCAGGAAUCUUUUGCCCAACGUAGGGCUCAAACCCGCCACCAUGAGAGAGUCUCUACUGUUGGAGCUUAUCAGGAGUAGCGAGGUGUCUCUUUCCCCCACACACACUUUGACUUUUUAUUUAUUUAAUCAUUUUUUCAAUACAAACAACAACCGCAAAAAACACAUACAACAAAAACCACAAUAACACAAUUUGACUACACCUUUUUAACAAUAUUUCCCCACCUCUCCUCCCCCUACUUCCCCCCACUGUCCACCUUAUCGCUUAAAUAUUCCUUCCAGAUUUCUUCAUAUUUAUCCAUUCUUAAUUUGCGUCGGCAUGCAAUUUGAUCGUAUGUAGCUAGUCUGUCCAUAUUGUCAAUCCAUGCGCUCAAUGGAAUCUUUUUUGUGGCUCUUCCGAUUUAUCAAAACAAGUUGUUUUGCUUCUAAUAUGGCAUAUACAUCCAUUUUUUUUGACCCCCUGUAAUAUCCCACGUUUCCGGAAUAUAAUUUAGAAUUCAAUUCAAUUCGCCUAUAUAACAAUUUCUUUUUAUUACUCUUGCUAUAAAUGUCCUCACCUCGCACCAAAUGACCUUAUCAUCGGCAAUUCAUCAUCAUAUGUACUAAGUUUGCACUUUUACUCCCAUAUCUCCAGCUGUCGUCCGCACUUGUUAUUUUCCUCUGGUAUAGUUUUUGCUGGAGUCCAGAGGACUCUGAAUAUUAUAUUCUGCUGAAUAAGUCUUAGUCUUAGAUCCACAGAGGCUAUUUCUGUUGAUUUUAUACUUGACUCCCUUAUAUCAUUUGUUAUCUGUGCCCCUAACUCUUCACUCCAUUUUUGUCUAUCAUAUUCUAAAUCAUAUUUCUUCCUGUUGGUCACACACUUUGGCUUGAUUCAGCAGCCAGCCCUGUCCUUGUGGAGCCUCCAGGUCUAUGGGCAGUCUAUCUGUGUUCCUCGGUUCUCAGGGUUAUUUGGGGACAGGAUGGGGCUCUCGCGAACGCUAAGGAGGAUGGAUGGCGGCUAAUGGCCCUGAAUGGGGUAACUAUGCCCCGGGUGGACCAGGUGCGCAGCCUGGGAGUCAUUUUGGACUCACAGCUGUCCAUGGAGGCACAGGUCAAAUCCGUGUCCAGGGCAGCUGUUUACCAGCUCCACCUGGUACGCAGGAUGAGACCCUCCCUGCCUGCAGACUGUGUUGCCAGAGUGGUGCAUGCUCUAGUUAUCUCCCGCUCAGACUACUGCAGUGUGCUCUACGUGGGGCUACCUUUGAAGGUGACCCGGAAACUACAACUAAUCCAGAAUGCGGCAGCUAGAAUGGUGACUGGGGGCGGCCGCUGAGACCACAUAACACCGGUCUUGAAAGACCUACAUUGGUUCCCAGUACGUUUCCGAGCACAAUUCAAAGUGUUGGUGCUGACCUUGAAAGCCCUAAACGGCCUCGGUCCAGUAUACUUGAAGGAGCGUCUCCAGCCCCAUCGUUCUGUCCGGACGCUGAGGUCCAGCGCCGAGGGCCUUCUGGCAGUUCCCUCAUUGCGAGAAGCAAAGCUACAGGGAACCAGGCAGAGGGCCUUCUCGGUAGUGGCGCCCGCCCUGUGGAACACCCUCCCAUCAGAUGUCAAAGCAAUAAACAACUACCUGACAUUUAGAAGACAUCUGAAGUUCAGGGAAGUUUUUAAUGUGUGACAUUUUAGUGUAUUUUUGGUCUCUGUGGAAGCCGCCCAGAGUGGCUGGGGAAACCCAGCCAGAUGGGCGGGGUACAAAUAAUAAAUUAUUAUUAUUAUUAUAACCGUCUCCUCUGUUUCAGACGCCUGCGGCCUCUCGGACCCCGCGCACGUGGAGAGCCUGCAGGAGAAAGCGCAGGUGGCGCUGACGGAGUACGUCCGCUCGCAGUACCCCUCGCAGCCCCAGCGCUUCGGCAGACUCUUGCUGCGCCUCCCUGCGCUGCGGGCCGUCCCUGCCUCCCUCAUCUCGCAGCUCUUCUUCAUGAGACUGGUGGGCAAGACGCCCAUUGAGACCCUCAUCAGGGACAUGCUCCUCUCGGGAAGCACCUUCAACUGGCCCUAUGGGACGGGGCAGUGAGGAGACGACGAGCGCGCGGAGUUGCCGGGACCUGCCUUCCUGCCCCACAUCUGCCCUGUCCGUUCCCGCGGCCGCCGCACCGACAGCCUGGAUGUCCCCCGGCACCACCCGAUUCCCCCGGAUCGAGGCGGCAAACUCUGUGCAAUUUUUUUUCCGUUUCGGGGGGUGGGGUGGGGGGCCACCCUCCCUGCUGUGACUGCCUCUACCCCCCACCACCCCAGUGCCAAGAGAGGGGCAGGGCGGGCGUCCGUUGGGAAGGUCUCCUUUUCCGUUCUGUUGUGGGCGCGGGAAAUGUAGCAUCCUUGGUUUUGUUUUCCUGGUUUCGUUUCGUUUAUCCACUCCAGCUUCGAGCAGACGGACGGUUCCCCUGGAGGCUUUGCUGGGGGGCUUAUGCCCCCCAACUUCCUUGAUACUUGGGUCUCAUGAGAGGGGGGAGCCUGACCCCUCUCCCAACCUCCCCUCUCACCCCCAUUUCUCUCGAUCCGCCUUCUGCCGCCUGAUGCCCCUCCCCAGAUGUUAUGGGACACCCCACCCCCCAACCAGUGUGGCCAAGGGGUCUGGGGUGACGGGGAGCCCCAAAGCAGCCAUGAACCGUGACCGAGGUGGAUUGGGUCCCCAGUGCGAAUUUGCAAGCCGUUUCGCCUGGAAGCAAGCCAGAUUUCCGCUUACUUCAAAGCGGGGAGGUAUUUUGAGAGAGAAAACUUUUGUUGUAAUGGGGUGAGGUGUGGGGGCGCGUUAGUUUGGGGUGCACCUAACGUGCAAACUUCCCAGAUGUCUGGGAACAACCCUGCGUGGAACAAAGGCAGAUAGGAGAAUUUUCUUUCCCGCAAGCAGAGAGCACCCCUAGGCACGUGCAGAAGCCCGGGUCCAGCCUCAGGCAUGUUCAGCUUAAAGGACCUUUUGGGGGGCUUCAGAAGACCCCCAGGUUAGUUGCUCCCCCAGGUUACGCGGACUCAGUAUAAUUUCCUGUGCUCCUAUUUGGAUCUGCCUGCAGUUCAGACUCAUGUGGACCAGAGUCUUGAUUCAAUGCCAGUAACACUAGGACUAGAAUCUUGCAUUACUGUCCGGGUACUGCCAGCCUUCCAGGGUGGGGGCACAGCUCAGUGAUGGGGCACCCCCUCUGCACCCUGAAUAAUAAUAAUUUAUUACUUAUACUCCGCCCAUCUGGCCAGGCCUCCCCAGCCGCUCUGGGCGGCUUCCAACAGGAUAUUAAAAACAGAAUAAAACAUCAAGCAUUAUAAACUUCCCUAAAGAGGGCUGCCUUCAGAUGUCUUCUAAAAGUCAGGUAGUUGUUGACAUCUGACGGGAGGGCGUACCACAGAGCAGGCGCCACCACCAAGAAGGCCCUUUGCCUGGUUCCCUGUAACCUCACUUCUCGCAAUGAGGGAACCGCCAGAAGGCCCUCGGCUUUGGAUCUCAGUGUCUGGGCUGAACGAUGGGGGUGGAGACGCUCCUUCAGGUAUACUGAGCCAUUUAGGGCUUUAAAGGUCAGCACCAACACUUUGAAUUGUGCUCGGAAACGUACUGGGAGCCAAAGUAGGUCUUUCAGGACCGGUGUUCUGUGGUCUCGGCGGCCGCUCCCAGUCACCAGUCUAGCUGCUGCGUUCUGGAUUAGUUGUAGUUUCUGGGUCACCUUCAAAGGCAGCCCCACGUAGAGCGCAUGGCAGUGGUCCAAGUGGGAGAUAACCAGAGCAUGCACCACUCUGGCGAGACAGUCUGCGGGCACGUAGGGUUUCAUCCUGCGUCCCAGAUGGAGCUGAUAAACAGCUGCCCUGGACACAGAAUUGACCUGCGCCUCCAUGGACAGCUGUGAGUCCAAAAUGACUCCCAGGCUGCGCACCUGGUCCACCCGGGGCACAGUUACCCCAUUCAGGACCAGGGAGUCCCCCACACCUGCCCGCCUCCUGUUCCCCAAGAACAGUACUUCUGUCCUGUCAGGAUUCAACCGCCAUCCAUCCUCCCAACUGCCUCCAGGCCCCAAUAGCUCCUCCAGGUGAGGCUGCAAACGACCCCCUGCCCCCGAACCCUGGGGAGAAGCUGCCAGCCAGUGUAAGGCAACAUAGAGCUGGGUGUGGCUCGGACAAAGGCACCUCCAAUUGCUCCUGCUUUUACAGAUUGGCUCUUGAUUUAGACUCCAUGAGUACUAGAAUUUUACAUUAGGGGCAAGGACCAAAACUCAAAAAGACCCAGGGGUCUGAAACGGGGUGUGUGCUGUGAGCUGCCUCUUCUCAGGGGCUUCCGGUCAGAGCGUAAAACACCAGGCUGGAUAAACAAGCUGCUUGGACAACAUUUGGACAACAAACCUGCAGGUUCUCGUCCACCACAAACACGAGACACAUUUUGACAUGCUCAGCACCCGCUGCCCCCUUACUUGUGAUGGAAGCUGCCUGCCCCACUUCCUCCGUCCGCAGUGGGGGAAAUCCGCCUCGGCUGGGGGGCUCUCCCUCCAUGUUUGUUGACGAUGCUAUGCAAAAUAGAUUUGAGCUGCAUGCAAUUUGAAAUAUACUGACGACUUUGGAAAAAAGCGAUCUCCCUCUUCGCAACGGGAUUCCAGCUUCCUUUGCCGGUCGGAUCAGUUUCGACUGAGACACUAAAAAAAAUGAAAACACCCCUCCCCCCGCUGCUAUUUUUCUCAUGGAUCGUUCUUUUUCCUCCAGCCUGCAGACCUGCUCUAAGGAUCUCCGCUUGGCUUGUGUGUCCUCUCAGUGGCGCCAGUAUGAAUUGCCCUCAAACCCAUUUUCCGGAUGGGGAAAACUGAGGCCAGAGGACUAUUUCCCCCUGCAUUAUACAAGUCCAUGGGAGUGAUGUGCCUCUAACUCAGGUCUCCCAGAUCCAAAGUACCGGUUGUAAUCUAUGCAAUCUAUCCCCAAAUUCUGCAUCAAGGAAAUUCAGAUUCUGCGCUUGGAAUAAAAUUAUGUUUUUGUGUUUUUUUUAAAAAAUGGUGAAAAUCAGAUGUGCUUUUUUAAAAAAAAUCCCAGUUGUAUGAUGUGAGGUUCCUGAAGAACGUCCCGGGAUGGGAAGGACACAGGUGAGGUGUAAAGAAAUUUGCUUUUUUCAUAGAAUUGUACGGUUGGCAGGGAACCAAAGGGCAAUCUAGUCCAACCCCCUGCAGUGCAAGAAUUGCAGCUGACCCGAGCAGAGCUAGGCCCGUCCAGGCUGGGUGUGUUGAAUCUGCCACCUGACCCACACUGGCCAAUCCCGUGCCCCCGAGCAUCAGAGAUAGACUGCACUUCAAACUGGAGGCUCCAUUGAACUACCAUGGCUUAGAGCUGCUGCUAUAUUGCCCCUCUUAUUCUUCAAGCCCCCCUUGAAAGCAAAGAACUUAAGAGGAAGUUUUGCCAGGGGCUCCAUGCAGAAAUUGCCUGGUCCAGUCUCUGAAGAGGGUGGGCAGAUUGCUGCUGCCUGCCUGUGUUCAGUUGUGAACCAGCCCUUAGCCCAGAACCAUGAGUUCUAUAAACUUAAUGGUCUCUUUUGAGAAAAAGGCCAGAGCAUGGGCUCUCUAUAGCAAGAAGUUUCCAGGUCCCCCCUCCCCCAGUUCCAUUAAAUCCCAGGUUUAUUCUCUGUCUGAAACUCAGGCAGUAAUGACCUGAGUGGACCCAAUUUAAAACUAAAAACUAUGCACUUUGAGGUCUCUCUGAUUUCCGUGGGAGUUUGGGUACCGCUCUUAAUUAAAAGCCAUAGAGAGAGAAAUGUCCCGCCAAAGUUUCGAUUCAGUGGGACCAUGUCCGGCAUCUGUGGCUAGUGGUCCUGAGUUCAAGGUCUCUUGGAUACAAAUCCUACUCAUUACCGUAAUUCUCCUUCCCCCCCCCGUUCGUGGAAGCCGGAUUUGGGUGUCCGGAUGGAUGGAGAGGGUGACUUGUGCCAACCAAGAGGGGAAGGAACGGCUGGCGGGUUUGAUUCUGUUGCAGACGUCUCCUUUUCUGAUUUGAUGCACAGCCAAUGAAACAAUAAAUACUGUUUUUCUUAGGAAAAAAAAAAGAAGGCAGUGGUUGGUUUGUGUUUAUUGGAGUGGAAAGGGGUGGGGAGAAGUGGUGUCAUUGUUUUAAGACGAUUCAGCACAGGUAAAGUCCUUCCUGCGGCACAAAGUUAAACUGUGGAACGUCCUGCCACAGGAAGCAGGCUAGAAGGCUUUAAAAGAGGACUGGACAAAUUCACAGAGGAGAAAGCUAUUUGGAGACAGUGAAUCUUCUGAACAACCAGCGCUCCCACGUACUAAGUUUAAUCCAGAGAAAGCCGACAUCUUUCGGGAAUCCUCUGUCAUCGCAGGGUGAGGGGUUGGUCUGGAUGACCCCCAGGGGGCCCUUUCAGCUCUGCAAUUUUAUCUCAAAUGGCUACAAAACACACCUGGAUCUCCACAGCCAGCAUUCCCCACUUUUAUUAAAGGAACUAUUAAAAACACACACACACACAACUGGUUACCCCCCUCCCCAGCCCCUCUGAAACCCCCAGCUGCCCCACACUCAAAUCGAUAAACCCCCCAAACAUGCAUAAAUGGGGUCGUAUAUUUACAAUGCUGAAUGAGUCAGUAGAUGGGUCGCUGGACAGUUUGUUUUGAACCUACAUCAAUGGGGGUGAAUAUUCGGGAGUCUGCCACCUGAUAGCUGGGGGGUGUUUCUCUGUUUUGGGAUCGUACGCCCCCCCUACCCACUAUUCACACUUUGACUUCUCUAUAUUUUUACUCUUUUGUGUGCCAAUUAAUUCCCCCGGGUCUGAGGUUUUCUUGCCAUUCGCUGCGUGCCUUGCCAAAACCCGAUCUUUCCCGCUGAGUUGAAACUUGGCUAAGCAAAGCCCCUCUCUGGAUUUUCUGUGCAUGUGAAAUUGCAACACCACUCGCCGUUUUCGGACGUGCGUCAAGAACGUCCCGUUCCCCCCAAAAGUUUUAUCAGCAGGUAUAUUGGUGUGCGGAAGGGACGCGGGUGGCGCUGUGGGUUAAACCGCGGAGCCUGGGACUUGCCGAUCGGAAGGUUGGCGGUUCGAAUCCCUGCAACGGGGUGAGCUCCCAUGGCUCGGUCCCUGCUCCUACCAACCUAGCAGUUCGAAAGCAUGCCAGAGUGCAAGUAGAUAACUAGGUACCACUCCGGCGGGAAGGUAAACGGCGUUUCCAUGCGCUGCUCUGGUUUGCCAGAAGCAGCUUAGUCAUGCUGGCCACACGACCCGGAAGCUGUACGCCGGCUCCCUCGGCCAAUAAAGCAAGAUGAGCGCCACAACCCCAGAGUUGUCCGCGACUGGACCUAAUGGUCAAGGGUCCCUUUACCUUUAUAUUGGUGUGCGGAGAUAAUGAUGAAACUGCCAAGAUGUUUGGGAAUUUCCUAAGGAAGACGGGUGAUGGGUUUAUCAGCACACCGGCUUCACUUGGGAAGGGAGAACAAAUUAGAUGAAAACGCGGCAGAAACACUGGCGAAAAGUUUAAGAAUUAUUCUUGGCUGCUGUUUAACUCCUUUGCCCCUCAGGGAAGUGCAACGCACACAAUGGCAUGAAAUCCUAUCGUUUGGGGUGGGUGGGAGCUGAUUCAAGAUUCAGCUAAUGUUGAGCUGGAAGGGACCCCUAGGGUCAUCUAGUCCAACUCGCAGCAAUGCAAGGAUCUUUUGCCCAACAUAGGGCUCGAACCCACGAACCCAUGCUCUUCUCAAUUGAUAACCCAGGCAUGGGAGAUCGGUGAGCCUCCAUCUUCACCCCUGGGCUGCGUUCUGCGCAAGCAAUGUGGUGAUGGCUACGCAACCCUUGUUUAAAGUAAUUUUGUACAGUGCUUUUUAAAGAGCACAGGAUCAGGGUUGCAUCCAGCUAUGCCUCCGUUGUGAAAGGGAUGGGCAUGGCCGAUGUAGGACCAUUGAUUUCAGUGGGUCUACUCUGAAUACGUGGGCGAUGGGAAAGAGUUGUGGCUCCAAGUCGGAACACAUGCUUUUCAUGCAAAAGGUUUCCCAGCAGGCCUGGAGUAAGACCCUUGCUUCUGCCAGUCAGUGUAAAAGGUAAAGGGACCCCUGACCAUUAGGUCCAGUUGUGGACAACUCUAGGGUUGCGGCGCUCAUCUCGCUUUACUGGUCAAGGGAGCCGGCGUACAGCUUC